AACACCGCGAAUAUCACCGCGAUUCUCACCGCGGUCACGAUGACAUAUCUAACAGGAGCAGCAACCAGUAGUAACACCACCAUCAUCGACGGGACAAUCGUACAGAUACAUCUAACAUUGCUACGAUAGCGCAUGUUCGCGUUUGUUGGUUAUCGUCGUUGAAAAACAGCCGAUGAAAGAGGAGAGAGUUUCCGUGACUCGUGGUUUAAGUAACAGUGUUUCGAAGCGUACGAUCACGGCGUAACGCGCUUUUUCGUCGUACAUACAAGUUUCAUUGGUCGAGUCGCAGCAACGAGCAGCAGCAGCAGCAGCAGGUUUUGGUUCCGAACCUUUAUAGAAGUUCCUGAAGUGCGCGCGCGGGGUUUUACGCGUCUGCCACUCGAAUGUCGAGAAACGAAUGAGUGCGUGAAUCGUGACAACAUCGUGUCGAAGUGUACGGAGAGGAGUAUCCUGAGAGAGAACGAGAUAGAAACCGUCUCUCUUUCUCUCACAUCCCAUAGAGGCCGUGGUCGGACUUUACGCCGUCGUACGCGCUUCUCCCCUCUCCCCGUAAUGGACUGUUUCUUUCUCCCUCUCUCUCGCUGAAGGCCAAUUUAUCUAUCCCGUCUCUGUCUGAGUCUAUACCAUUCCUGUCUGUGCGCUGGCAGAGUUUUCACUGGCGCGACACGACACGGCACGGCACGGCACGCGCGCACACACGCUACCGACACGUAAACGAAAAACGAAACGAAACCGGCUGCUGUCCAGCCGAAACGGGAGUGUCAAACAUCCGAGGAAAAAUCACGGGCUAUGGGAACAGUGUGUGCCAUGAACUGAAAAAACAGUGCGCGACCGGUUGUCUCGUGCUUGGCCCCGUCGAAAGAGGAUCUUGCAUUUCAUCCGGUGCGUGCUUGUGUAUCCCUUUACACCAAAGGAGGAAGAGAGGUUAGGUUAGGCUAGGACUCCGCGUCACCCUUGGCCACACUCCGUCCUUCUCGCUCUUUCGUGCGAUUCUCCUACCUCUCUUUUUCUGGCAUACGGCCGAAGAGGAACGCGCAGACACGAGAGGCCAAACCGACUACGUACACACAUUCACACAUAGCCAGGACAAUUGGGGAAAGAGGAGGAAAACACAAAUGCCGAUCGCUGGUGGAAUUCUAGUCGCUGGAACCGCGGCUCAUUGCUGGUCUUCCGCCGCUGGGAGGCGGCGGCACCGCAGCUCCGGGCCAGGUGGUGGAGCUCGUGCCGUUGAAGAAACAGAAGAGGCAGCAGCAGCGGGGGUGGGAGGCUACGUGGACGGCCUGGACGAAGGAAGGGGAGGAUGCGAUGCGGUAGGAGCGAGCGUGCUCGAGGAGGUUAGUUGCUCACCGGUGGCCGAUGGCGAGGUCUGCUGCGGCGACAGCAGUACCACCACCAACUACAGCCACCGUUGUCAUCACCUGCAUCAUAUACAUCGUCGCUAUAGUCAUCGUCAUCAGCAACAACAACAACUACAGCGUCAACGAUGUCACCAACGAAGGGACAGCGUGGCUAGCAACGAGCUGGUCGUCGACGAGGAAGCCGACGAUGAGGCUACGUAUCAGGACCAGGCUACCGCUGCUCCUCCUCAUCGGGACAUCCGUCACGAACUCCACCACCUACAACAUCAUCAUCAUCAUCUGCAUCAUCACCAUCACCACCAUCACCACCCUCACCAUCACCAUCAUCAUCAUCUGCAUCAUAUCCAUCAGCGACUGCGGGACGAUAGACCGCCUUGCGAUCGGGACGAAAACGCCGAUCGCAUCGUCCGGACCACCAGCAAUCGCCACGCGGAUGGUACCACCGCCACCGACAACCCUGCCACCGUCACUGCCAUGACGAGAGGAUGCAGGAUCCCGCCCUACCUCGCUACUCUACUCAUCCUCUCUUAUACCCUCUUCGGUAUAGCAGACGCCUGUUCAUCGCGGUCGACGCCGAAACCACGGCCACCGACGCCGACGCCUCGACCGAACAUCACAUUCCACAUGUACACGUGUCCACCGGAUUAUGCGGAAUGGUACUGCUUGAACGGUGCCACAUGUUUCACUGUCAAAAUCGUCGAUUCCCUCCUUUACAAUUGUCUAUGCGCCAACGGUUAUAUCGGGCAGAGAUGCGAGUUUAAGGAUUUAGAUGGUUCCUAUUUACCUUCCCGGCAACGUGUAAUGUUGGAGACAGCCAGCAUCGCCGGUGGUGCCACGAUAGCAGUAUUCCUGGUCGUUAUCAUUUGCAUAGCGGCUUACAUCCACUGUAAGCGAAAGCAAAAGGAAUUACGGUCGAGUAAUUGCGUCGACACGGUGGAUGGUCCUGGCCGAGAUCCGGAGUUAAGGCCGUUUAGCAACCGCAGCCGCUCCCUCAUGAUCUUCAUGACCAAGAAUCCUAAUAGCUCGGCGGCGAUAGAGCAGACGAGAAUGCCCGGAUGGAACUGCCCGGAAGCGGAGUCAAUGAGAAUGGCGUCCAUCAACGAAGGCAAGCGUUCCAAUCAAUGAUAGAGUCAGUCCGGUGCCUAAUUCCACUACACGAACCAAGGCGUCCAGCGUAGAAAUCACCGACACCACGUCGACGGAAGGGAAUCACUUUCACCCAGCUGCUUUCUGUCUCCGUCCAUGGACUACGUUCUCGCGGUGACGUAUCAGAGAGGAAGGAAGAGAGAAAAAAAAAAAUCCAUUGUGAACGUAUUGCUCGACGAUCGUGUGCAACUUUGAAGAGCCUAGCUUCGUCGUAAUUCAAUGUUUAUUUGUGCCUGAAUUAUCCGGUCGACGAGUUUCUUGCAUCGUUAAGGAUCGUUUGAAGAGGAAGAUCGUUUAGCUGGAGUUCGAGCGGUGCGUUUCUUCACAAUGGAAGAUCUCGUUGGCAAGACAGCAAGAGACGAUCUCCUCGUUGGCAGCUGAAAAAAUCGAUACGCGGACCGGGAUCUUCGGGAUCGAUGAUUCGCGCGAGAUCUAGAAAAGCGUAGGAUUAAAAAGGAAAUACGUAGCCGGUAACUUUAAAUAGCUGGACCUGAACAGCUGGAAGAACAAAGGACAAGAAAGUAGACAAGAAGGCAAGCUUAAAAAUAAAGCCUCUGCUGAAUAGGUGACUCUCUUAAUAGAAAGAAAAAGUAGGGAAGAGAGAGAGAAAGAGAGAGAGAGAGAGAGAGA